GUCCGACAUUUCAUUUGAAUAGACGCACUGGUAGAGGUCGGACCAGCUGUGACGGUGCAAUAUUCCUGGACCAAUCUCUGCGAAUAUGUCGAACUUCGACCCGAAUGCUCUCCUACGCGGAGCUCAGUUGACGUUCGUCGGAGCCCAUAGAGCCCUUCAAAACCCAGAGCUUUUUACGACCUCUCACUACCGGCAAGCUGCGAUUGCCGUAUGUGCUGGCCUUGCUAUCCGAAUCAUCAUCAACAUCCCGAUCUACGCAGUCAAGUUCCUGCUCUUGGUCCUUUCACUUGUCAUCAAUCUCGACCACGAAACAUGGGACGAUAAACUAGUUGGCGGCUUGGACUUCAUCUCCAAAUCCGUGCUUCAGAUACCAUUCUUCCUGAUGAUGGUGAUGAGCUCGGUAACUCCGACCCUGGACAACCUCUUCAUGGACUCCUUGCGAUGGGUCGACCAGACAUAUGUCCAAAAGCACAAAUCCGAAGACCCGUCAACAUUACGAGCCAUGUACUAUCCUACACUCAAGAUGUAUUCCACUCACGGAGAACGAGAGAAGAAGGAGAAACGUAGUCUCGUGGACGGCGUCAUUCUCACAGCUGGCAAAUACGCUCGACGAGCGGGCAUCUCGCUCGCCAUCUACGCCUGUACCUUCUUACCUCUGGUUGGGCCUUUUGUCCUUCCAGCAGCAUCUUUUUACACUUUCAACAAAGCCGUCGGCCCUGUUCCAGCGGGCAUUGUGUUCGCGACCGGUCUCAUCUUACCCAAGCAUUACAUGGUAUCAUUUUUACAAACGUAUUUUUCAAGCAGAAGCCUUAUGUCCCGGCUUCUGGAACCGUACUUCCACCGUAUUCACUUCACCAAGCAACAGAAGAAGGUGUGGUUUAUCGAUCGAAGUGGUGUGCUGUUUGGAUUCAGUGCUGCUUUUGCAGUCAUGGUGAAGGUGCCUCUCUUUGGCGUGCUGAUAUAUGGUGUUGCGGAAGCAAGUACGGCAUAUCUCAUCACCAAGAUCACUGAACCACCGCCACCACCAGGAGAGAGCGCGGAGGCAUUCAUCGAAAGUGAGGUCCGAUGGAAGAAUAAGCACCAGUUUCUCGAUCUACCUUUUGACAAGUUGGACGAAUUCAAUGCCAAAAUGACUGGGGCCGAGAAUAUUGGGAGGGCACCAACCCCAGAAACACCGAGGAGAAAGUUCACCUAACGAAGUAAAAACGCAGUGUCAAGGUUGUGGGAAGGCUAGCAAGUAUCGUUCAUCAUCUUACAGUUUUGAUGUUGACGUACCGUUAGUUUCAAUGGGGUCUGCUUCCAGACUUGCUUGGCCAGGAAUACCCCGUAAACAUAGCAGAGUCCCAUGAUGGCACUGGCAUCUCUAAUAUUUCUAUACAAAUGGCACACUCAGUUGCUUAGAUAUGCCGAUUAUGAUAAUUGAAGCUCAUUUCACGGA